CACAACACGUUUUACGGCUCCCCUCUUGGUGCGUUAGUCGUCUUGCAAGUCUAGCCACUUCCUAGCCAAGCGCUCGCGUUUAUAACGCUCGAGGAGCCGCACUCGGCUGGCUGCUCAAAGCCAGGGAGGUUGCAAUUACUGUUUGGAUGAGAACUCACCCGAAGAUCACCCAGUGGAAGUCGAGAAAACACCCCAAAAGGAGGCAAUGGCGAAUCCCUUCCUUUGUGUUACCUGAAAAUCAGCUAAGCUAAUCACCUUAUCUAUUUUUCCCUCUUCAUGGGGCCUUAAGAUUGUUCUUGUUCAGGAAAAGCAUUUCCGGGGAAAAGAAAAGACUACGGGUUUCACCAUAAAUUGCUACGAAAUUUUUAAAACCUAUUUAAUAGCUUCCUUUUUUCUGAGAGUAAAACAUGAAACCUGCUUUAGCUGAUUACUGUAUUCUAGUCCUCUCAUUUAUCUGUGUACUCAAAUCAGAGAAAUGUUUCCAGAAAUAUGAAAGGGAGAAGAUAUUUGAAGAAAACAAUCCUUUUAGGCUUGACUGCCCAAUUUCACACUAUCAACGUACAAACUUUACCCUGAACUGGUACAUGAAUGGAAAUGACACACCUUUGAUUACACCGCCUUUUUCAAGAGUAUUCCAACAGAAUACCAGCCUCUGGUUUAUCCCUACAAUAGCUCAAGAUUCAGGAUUGUAUCACUGUAGUUAUAGGAAUUCAACAGUAUGUUAUAAGUACAGCAUCCAAAUUGCAGCUCUCAAUAAUAGCGCUGGUCUUUGUUUUAAUGAAAAUUACCACUUUGAGCAAACCUUGUUUCCAAAAGGAUCAUCCCGGAUUGUGUGUCAUCAAGUGAAUUACUUUGGACAGGAAGUAGAUUAUUCUUCCAUUCAGUGGUAUAAGGAAUGUGAGCCAGUACAAGGAGAACGAUUUGCGUUGUUCAGAAACCAACUUAUUAUAAAAGAAUUGAAAAAAGAUGAUGAGGGAAAAUAUGUAUGCAAAGGAACCUAUACUUUUAGGGGAAAGAAAUACAAUUUUUCAAAUAGUAUUUUAAUGAAUUUAUUAGAUUCAGCCUGGAAGAGAACUGAAAUUUUGUACCCCCUAAACAAUACUAUUGAAGCUGAUGUUGGAUCCAAUGUCUUUACAGAGUGCAAUGUAUCAAGUUUCAGAGACAGUUUCAUUCCUAUAUCCUGGAAAGUAAAUUAUACUCAAGUUGACAGUCUAUUUAAUGGUAGAAUCAUAGAAGGAAAUCAAACAAAUAUUCCAAAGGAUGGAGCAGAGAUUUUUACGGUGUCUCUGAACAUUACAAAGGUGAAAACUGAAGAUUAUGAUCAGCAGUUUACUUGCCAUGCAGGCAAAGUUGCAGCAUACAUCAAAAUACAGCGCCCAACAAAAAACUAUGCAGCUUUUGUGAUAUUGAUAUUACUACUGAUUAUUCCUAUAUUAAUCUGCAUCUUGUUCAAGAUUGAAAUUGUCCUUUGGUAUCGGAAAUCAUGUCGCCCUUUUUUUCAUAAAAAAG